AUGGCCAUUGUUUUGAGAUUUGUUACUCUAGAUGAUUUUGUUAAAGAGAGAUUAUUUGAUCUUAUACAUGUCACUGAUAUUUGUGCAAUAACUUUAAAGAAAGAAUUGAUUUCUGUCAUUUCUCAUUAUAAUCUCCAAGUUGAAAAUAUUAGGGGUCAAGGGUAUGAUGGUGCUAGCAACAUGAGGGGUGAGAAGAACGGUUUGCAAGCUUUGUUUCUUAAAGAUUCUCCACAAGCAUGUUAUAUACAUUAUUUUGCUCAUAGGUUACAAUUAGCACUGGUGGCAGCUUCAAGAGAGUUUGGUAAAAAUAUUUACUGCUACCAAUAUAUUGUUCUCAAUAAUAUCAUUGAAGAUGGGACAACUUAUGAACAAAGAGGUGAGGCUUAUAGUGUUAGUAAAAUAUUAUUUUCAUUUGAAUUUGUUUUCACUUUGCACUUAAUGAAAGAGAUUAUGGAAAUCACUAAUGUUUUUUGCCAAGCACUGCAACAACAAUCUCAAGAUAUUCUUAAUGCAAUGCAUAUUGUUUCUAUAUCAAAGUUACUUCUUCAACAAUUAAGAGAUGAUGGAUGGUGCAAUUUUCUUGCAAAUGUUAAAGAUUUUUAUGAAAAGCAUGAAAUUGAAGUUCCUAAUACGAGUGCACAAUAUGUUUUUGGAAGAGGUCGAUCUCGUCAAUCAAGUGUACCAGUUGAGCAUCAUUAUCGAAUAGAUGUAUUCUUGGCUACAAUUGACUCUUAA